GGCGAUUUCUAUCCCCUCCCGACAGCAAGUGCGAGCUACUGAGCUCUGCCCCGCCCCGCCCCCACCCUCCCUCGUCGCUCGCGCGGCCGCCGCCCUCCCUGAUCCGGCAGCCCGAGAGGCCGUAACUUUCUGUCUUUGAAGCCCGUUGGAGGUCUAUCAUCUUGUCGAUGUUCGUCUGGAGAUAGCAUGUCAUGUCUGAACAACAGGACCAUGUUAGUAAAAGCUCUAGCUCAAGCAUCAGCACCAGCACUCAGGAAAGCGAGGAGGAAGUGUCCGUGACUAUAGGCAGCCUCCUUGCUCAAGCAAGGAACGACAGCGGAUAUAGUCUUGGGAGGCGCCUCUUGCAUUUGGGUUCCGUCCCGCACCGUCCUCGAGUUAAUGGAGAGAUUCCUAAUGUUGACAACGCAACCUUGGAUCAUGAAAGAUUGUUGGAAAGGUUGGGGACUUAUGGUUUGGCCGAGUUUCAGAUAGAGGGAGAUGGGAAUUGUCAGUUUCGAGCUUUGGCAGACCAGAUUUUUCGCAAUCCUGAAUAUCACAAACAAGUGAGGAAGGCAGUCAUGAAGCAGCUAAAAGAAUUCAGAAAACGGUAUGAAGGCUACGUACCGAUGGAAUAUAAGGUGUACUUGAAGAAAAUGAAAAGAUCCGGGGAAUGGGGGGAUCAUCUGACCCUUCAAGCGGCUGCAGACCGGUUUGGUGCCAAAAUUUGUUUGCUGACGUCAUUUAGGGACACCUGCUUGAUUGAGAUAGUCCCCAGGGACCUAACUCCUACAAGAGAGCUUUGGCUGAGCUUCUGGUGUGAAGUACACUACAAUUCUUUGUAUGCGACUGAUGAUCUCCUGACUCGCAAAACUAAGAAGAAGCAUUGGUUGUUCUAGGGCGGUACCGACUUCCGAGGGAGAGGAGCUUCUCUUUGCUGCAGCUGUUCUUCUCCCUUCAGUUUAGCAGGGUUGUGAUACUUACUAGCGCUUACUACUUUGGGCCUUUGGCCAUCAUUGUAAAAUCCGAAGUUGAGACUGUUUAGCACGCAGGAAUUCCACGGGAACACAUCCUCAAAAAUAUCGAAGUGUGGCCCGGGUUUGUGUAGGAUUACGACGCAAUGUACAGUAAACUUCAAUGUAUUUAGCAAGGGAAAAGCAUAUGGAAUGUGAAACUCUCA